AACAGUGUAGACCCAAUGUGUAGACCCGGACAGCUUGCUCUAAACUGAAACAAAACGCCAUCUUGAAUAUAAAAGGGGAUUUAAACCGUGAGAAAACAGAAAAAGGGGUCAUUGGAUUAGAUAAACUGUUAUUUUUGUCUGUGUCUAAAUCUUCCCGGGUUUCCCUUGAACAGUUUUAGUUAUGUCUUUGGGCGUUUAUAACAAAAUUAAGGCGUAUACGUGAGGAAAUCGGCAAGGCACUUGUUAGCCUCUACCCAGCUAGCAAGGGGGAGGAGAGGGGCUUGAGGGUUAUUUUUUUUCCGCAGCCGAAGUUGUUUGUUUAUGUUAUUCCAAACGGACAUGUCCUCUUCAAACCCAGAGUUACCAGACCCAAAUCUGGGUAUGGGGGCAAGUGGGACCCAAGGAAGUGGCAGUGCUGUUGUACCAAAAGGGAACAAAAGAAGAGCUGCGCCAGACUUUGAUGACGAUGAUGAUGAUGAAGGAAACAAGUUGUUCAGGUGUGACGAUGAAACAGGAGGCGGUAAUGACAAAGAGCGCUUUGCCAGGUUUUUGGAAGAAGAUCAGAGUUGUGCAGAUAAGGAAAAACAAGCCAGGGAGAACCACAGUGAGAUUGAGAGGCGGAGGCGGAACAAGAUGACUGCCUACAUCACAGAAUUGUCGGACAUGGUGCCCACCUGCAGUGCACUAGCACGGAAACCAGACAAACUAACCAUCCUGCGAAUGGCCGUGUCCCAUAUGAAGUCUCUGAGAGGAAGUGGCAAUACCAACUCAGAUGGGUCAUACAAACCUUCCUUUCUCACUGACCAGGAACUGAAGCACCUCAUCCUGGAAGCAGCGGACGGCUUCCUGUUCGUGGUGUCAUGUGAGACUGGCCGCAUUGUUUACGUCUCUGACUCCCUGACACCCGUCCUCAACCAGGCGCAGUCUGACUGGCUCGGCUCCUCCCUUUAUGAUCAGCUUCACCCAGAUGACACAGAAAAGCUGAGAGAGCAGCUCUCUACUGCUGAGAAUAACAACACGGGGAGGAUGUUGGACUUGAAGACGGGAACAGUGAAAAAGGAAGGCCAGCAGUCGUCAGCCAGAAUGAGUAUGGGAGCCCGUCGAUCAUUCAUUUGCAGAAUGAGGUGUGGCUCUUGUCCCGUGGAACCGUUGUCCAUGAACAGACUGAACUUCCUUAAGAAUAGAAACAGGAAUGGUUUGGGUACAGCAAAGGAAGGGGAGCCCCAGUAUGUUGUGGUCCACUGUACAGGAUACAUCAAGUCCUGGCCCCCUUCAGGAGUAUCUUUAACAGACGAUGAAUCGGAAAACACUCGGGGGAAUCGCUACUGUCUGGUUGCAAUUGGGAGAUUACAGGUGACUUGUUGCCCAGGUGACACAGACAUCAACAGUAUCAGUGUUCCAGUGGAGUUCAUCUCACGGCAUAACUGCCAGGGCAUGUUCACCUUCGUAGACCACCGCUGCGUGGCUGCUGUCGACUACCAGCCCCAGGAAUUAUUGGGGAAAAAUAUUCUCGAGCUUGCCCACCCUGAAGACCAGGGCUUACUGAGAGACAGCUUCCAACAGGUGGUGAAGCUGAAGGGGCAGGUUCUGUCAGUGAUGUUUCGGUUUCGCUCCAAAUCGAGAGAAUGGAUCUGGAUGAGAACCAGCUCCUUCACCUUCCAGAACCCGUUUUCAGAGGACAUUGAGUAUAUCAUCUGUACCAAUGUCAAUGUCAAUAGAAACUCGACUCAGGACCCCCUCACUCCCAUCUCCUCCCCAGGGGGUUCGCUGCCCCCCUCCCUGGGCCAGAGCAGCCCAAACUGCCCUCCUGUAAUGCUCAGCCCUGGACAGGUGGCCGCCAGGCAGUUACAGCAGCAGCAGCAGGCCGAGCUAGAGGGAAGUGGAGCCAGAGAUGGUCUGUAUGAGGCAGGACCAAUCACCCUCUCACAGAUGUCGGUGCAGCCAGUGACAGCGGCAGUGCCAGACCACAGCAAGAGCCUUGAGAAGCCAGAGCUGUACCCUUCUCUUUUCCAAGGCCCAGAUCAGACCAAGGGCCUGCCCUCCACCUCCAUUGCUACCACACAGAUCUACCCUCCAGCCAAUAACUUUGCUGCUAGUCGUUCCAAUGAUGCAUACAGGCCAGUCAGCAUGACUCCACAGAUGGCACAGCCAGCCCACUCAGCAGGGCAGAUGCUUGCUCAGAUGUCUCGUCAGAAUGGAGCCCCCCAGUCAGUUCCCCCCUCUAGCACUGGCAGCCCCCUCCAUGGAGGACCAGCAGGAGGAUGGCCUGGAGCUGCAGCUGGAGUUAGACCACAGUUUAAUAACCAGCAGGUGGCUCCCCAGGCAGCAAAGACCAUGUCUCCACAGUUUGCUCCCAUGGGAGGAUUUGGCAGUGGUUCUUCCAGCUCUUUUGGCCAGAUGCCUACAGGUGCUGCUCCCACCCCAACCAACAAUGCAAACUACCCGCCCAUUAAUGCACGUGCCAGCCUAAGCACCAAUGGUUAUGAUGGCUCUCAGUCUGGAGCACAGUUCCCCUCUCGAGCAGCGGAGGCAGUGUGGCCCCAGUGGCAAGGCCAGCAGCACUCGCAGAGUAAUGGCGAGCAGCAUCCUCAUGCUCAGGGCAACCAGCAAGACAUGUUUCCUGAUGUGUUGUCUAUGCUGGACCAGCCUGCCAACUUUAACGGCGAUGACUUUGAGAUUCCCAUCUACCCUUCGUUCGGCCAGUGAGCUGGUCAAUACUUCUCAGCUGGUCUACCCCUUUGUCUUCUUGAGUGUUUUUGCCGUCACUCUUUCUUAUUUUAUAUAGCUCUUCUGCUCCUCUUUUCUUCCUGCUCCUGAGAGUAGCACUCUUCCCUUGCUUUGCAUGGCUUAAAUUGCACUGCCACAAGCCAGUUAAAGAUGGAGGGAUAUAUUUGACGUCAGAUAUAAAGGGGAGGAAAAUCAAGGAUUUGCUACUGACUAAAAGAUAAUUAUUUUAACAAUAUUCAAGCCAUUGUAAGUGAAUUCUCUAACUAGCACUGCCCAAAGCUAAACAACCUAUGGUGUGUGUAUAUAUAUAUAUAUAUAUAUAUAUAUAUAUAUAUAUAUAUAUAUAUAUAUAUAUAUAUAUAUAUAUAUAUAUAUCUCUUACACUCAUAAACAUACACAGGAAGUAAACACAUACACACCACGGCCUUUUAUUCUAAUGUGUUUCUAGUUUUUCUCAGGCAUUGAUAGAAAGUGUAUUUUGCUGUUUAUUCUUUUAGCAUGUAGACUAAUCACUCCAAUCAUUGAUUUAAACUCUCAGGAAAUUGCAGGGAUAUACAGCUUUGGUGAUUUCAUUUUUAAUUCUCAGCUGUUGCACGCAAACCACCACUGUCUGUGCUAACCUCACUCACAGUUUUAAAUCCACAGCAUGUCACUGCAUGUCAGCACCGCUUUCAUGAAGCGCUUCUACAAUGUGUAGAUUUAUACUUACUGAGUACAGUUUUCUAUGUACAUUGAUGGCUUCACUUAUAAAUUUAAUUAUUUUGUCUAUCCUCUUAA